AGAGAGUAUAAUAGCAUCUUCAGAAGGGGUUUGGUCAUCACAAACCAGAUCUAACCACCAGCACCAGACUGUCCGUCUUUCCAUCGCAUCAUGUUCAAGAUUUUGUUUUUCACGUUGCUGAUGACGGCUCUGCUGUUAUUUACAUCUGCCACGAACCAAACAACAGCGAGUUCAACUACACUAACCCUAACCACAGUCAGCAUGAAGACCAACAUCUCUACAACUGCAGCUACUACUCCAACAUCUACAAACACGACUACAGCAACGACAAACACGACUACAGCAACGACAAACACGACUACAGCAACGACAAACACGACUGCAGCUGCAACAACAGGCACAAGCAGUAACGGCACGACGAGCACACUGAUGAUGAACCCACAGAGCAGCACAAACGGAGAUAUCAUCGGAAGCGCUUCGGUGCGUCUGCUGCUCCUGCUGCUGAUCCUGAACCUGUGCUGAAAUCAGCUGAACAUCAGGAGAAUCAUUUGCUUCAACUUCUGUGUAUAUGAUUAACUAAAUGGAGAACUUUGUCUUUUCUUUACUUUUUAAAUGCAUGCACAUAUAAUAUUUGGGUUGACAAUAAACUGAUUGUGAGAAAAGUAUAAGGAAUUAACAGUACUUUUCAGGGGGAAAUACAUUUUUCAUAUUUUUUUAUAAGGACAUAAAAUGAUUAAUUUCAAUAAAUAAAUAAAUACA